CGGGCUCCGCUGGCAGCCGGCGGGGCGGCGGGAGGAGGAUGCGGGCGGGGCGGGCGGCGCUGCCGUUCCCGGGUCGGGCAGCUAGAGAGCAGUGCAGGGAGCGGAAUCCCGGGAGCCGGGAGCUCCCUUCCUGUCGGGAAGGCCGUGAGCGGAGCCGAGCGCCGGCCGGGAGGCCCCGGGCCGGCCGCCCCCGCUCCCCUCGCCCAUGGCGGAGACCAAGAUCAUCUACCACAUCGACGAGGAGGAGACGCCCUACCUGGUGAAGCUGCCGGUGCCGCCGGAGAAAGUCACGCUGGCCGAUUUCAAAAAUGUCCUCAGCAACCGGCCCGUGCACAGCUACAAGUUCUUCUUCAAGUCCAUGGACCAGGAUUUCGGGGUGGUAAAGGAGGAGAUCUCAGACGACAAUGCAAAGCUCCCUUGCUUCAAUGGAAGAGUGGUGUCCUGGCUGGUCCUGGCUGAAAGUUCUCACUCUGACACGGGUUCCCAGUGCACUGAGAGCCACACAGACCUUCCACCACCCCUCGAGAGAACAGGAGGCAUCGGAGACUCCCGCCCUCCAUCCUUCCACCCCAAUGCUGCCAGCAGCAGGGAUGGCCUGGACAAUGACACAGGGACAGAGUCAGUCAUCAGCCACCGGCGGGACAGGCACCGGCGGAGGAACAGGGAAGGGCACGAGGAUGCCCCUCGGAUCAAUGGGCACCCAAAGCUGGACAGGCACCGUGAGCACCCCCCUGGCUACGACAGCUCCUCCACCAUGAUGAGCAGUGAGCUGGAGUCCAGCAGCUUCAUCGACUCCGAGGACGACGACAACACGAGCAGGUUGAGUAGCUCCACGGAGCAAAGCACCUCAUCCCGGCUCAUCCGGAAGCACAAACGCAGGAGGAGGAAACAAAGGAUGCGGCAGAUCGACAGGUCGUCUUCGUUCAGCAGCAUCACCGAUUCCACCAUGUCCCUAAAUAUCAUCACUGUCACACUCAACAUGGAAAAGUAUAAUUUCCUGGGAAUCAGCAUUGUGGGGCAGAGCAAUGACCGGGGUGAUGGUGGCAUCUACAUCGGCUCCAUAAUGAAAGGAGGGGCGGUGGCAGCGGACGGACGGAUCGAGCCAGGAGACAUGCUCCUGCAGGUGAAUGAUGUCAAUUUUGAGAACAUGAGCAAUGACGAUGCAGUUCGGGUUCUACGGGAAAUAGUCUCCAAACCAGGACCCAUCAGCCUAACAGUAGCCAAAUGCUGGGACCCAACUCCCAGGAGUUAUUUCACCAUCCCCAGGGCUGAGCCGGUGCGGCCGAUCGACCCCGCGGCCUGGAUCUCUCAUACCACGGCCAUGACGGGAGCGUACCCCCGUUACGGUAUGAGCCCCUCCAUGAGCAUCACCACAUCUACCAGCUCCUCACUAACAAGCUCAAUUCCCGAGUCGGAAAAAUUAGAAGAAUCUCCCUUAACUGUGAAGAGUGACAUGGCUACUAUUGUCAAGGUUAUGCAGCUCCCAGACUCAGGCCUUGAAAUUCGGGACAGGAUGUGGUUAAAAAUCACCAUCUCCAAUGCAGUGAUAGGAGCAGAUGUGGUUGACUGGCUUUACACACACGUGGAAGGCUUCAAAGACCGGCGGGAGGCGAGGAAAUACGCCAGCAGCAUGUUAAAACACGGCUACCUCAGGCACACUGUGAACAAAAUCACCUUCUCAGAGCAGUGCUACUACGUCUUUGGAGACCUCUGUGGCAACCUGGCUGCACUGAACCUCAACAACGGUUCCAGCGGCGCCUCGGAUCAGGACACCCUCGCUCCGCUCCCACAUCCUGCUGCUCCCUGGCCAUUAGGCCAAGGAUACCCCUACCAGUAUCCUCUGCCCCCUCCGUGUUUUCCACCAGCAUACCAAGACCCAGGCUUUAGCUAUGGCAGUGGCAGUGCAGGGAGCCAGCAAAGUGAAGGAAGCAAAAGCAGCGGCUCGAACCGGAGCACCAGCGAGAACAGCAGGCGAGCUGUGGGCAGGGAGAAGGACCGCAAGUCGGGGGGCAGUGGCAGCGAGUCGGAGCACACGGCGCGGAGCGGCGGCAGCACCGCGCGCCGGGACCGGCCCGCCAGCCAGCUCAGCCACCGCAGCCACGGCUCCGCCGCCCACAGCGACAGAAGCCACCACAGCCACCACUCCUACGGGGGGCCCCCGGGGGUGCCCCCGCUCUACAGCCUCCCCAAGCUGGGCUCCAAAGUCUACGGGACCAGCGGCCCCCCCGGAGGGCCUCCCGUGCGGGAACUGAGCGCGGUCCCCCCGGAGCUCACCGGGAGCCGCCAGUCCUUCCAGAAGGCCAUGGGCAACCCUUGUGAGUUCUUCGUAGACAUCAUGUGAGAGGAAGUGCCUUCAGACUCUGCCUGGGUUGGGGUGGG